UGUUUAUUGUCGGAGAAGCUUCCAAUGGGUCCAAAAGCUUCCCUGUCAUUACUUGCUGAUUAACAGCUGUUGCGGAACCCAAGAUCUCACGAGCUCAUGAGCUCCCUCUAUGAUUAUUAUACUAAUCACCAUUUCUUUGCUACUUAUAUAACUACUCUUACGCAAAUUAAUCUCCUCUCCAUUUCUUACCACAAAAGCUCUCUGCCUCUCUCUGAGGCACUCCAACCUCCACUAACUGCUGUCACUGAAAUGGUGGAGAACUGAUAGGCUGCCUACAAAGCCAAUGGACAAGAACAAUUUGCGGUUGCAAGUCCUGUUUUUGUUGUUCUACUGUUGCGUUGGGAUUGGUUCUGCUGUGGUGGUUGAGAAAAAUGUGUUCGGUGAUGAAGUGUCAGCUUUGCUAUCUCUAAAAGCUGGUCUUCUAGAUCCAUCGAAUAGUCUUCGAGAUUGGAAACUGUCCAACAGUUCAGCUCAUUGUAACUGGGCUGGAGUUUGGUGCAACUCUAAUGGAGCUGUUGAAAAGCUUGAUCUCUCUCACAUGAAUCUCACUGGACAUGUAUCCGAUGACAUCCAAAGACUAGAGAGUUUGACUUCUCUAAACUUGUGCUGCAAUGGGUUCUCUUCAUCGUUGACAAAAGCUAUAUCCAAUCUCACUUCACUGAAAGACAUUGAUGUGAGUCAGAACCUCUUUAUUGGUAGCUUUCCUGUUGGUCUUGGAAGAGCAGCUGGUCUGACUUUGCUAAAUGCUUCAAGCAAUAAUUUCUCUGGAAUUAUUCCUGAGGAUCUUGGCAAUGCGACUUCACUAGAGACUCUUGAUAUCAGAGGGAGUUUCUUUGAAGGUUCCAUUCCAAAAUCUUUCAGGAACUUGCGAAAGCUGAAGUUUCUUGGCCUUUCUGGGAAUAGUCUCACUGGUCAAUUACCAGCAGAGCUGGGGCUGCUUUCAUCACUGGAGAAAAUAAUUAUAGGAUACAAUGAGUUUGAAGGUGGAAUCCCAGCAGAGUUUGGAAAUCUCACUAAUCUGAAGUAUCUUGAUUUGGCAGUUGGAAAUCUUAGUGGUGAGAUUCCAGCUGAAUUGGGGAGACUUAAGGCACUUGAGACUGUAUUCCUGUAUCAGAAUAAUCUUGAAGGCAAACUUCCAGCGGCGAUUGGAAACAUCACUUCACUGCAACUAUUAGACCUGUCUGACAAUAAUUUAUCAGGAGAAAUUCCUGCUGAGAUUGUUAAUUUGAAAAACCUGCAGCUCUUGAAUCUAAUGUCCAACCAGCUUUCAGGUUCAAUUCCUGCUGGAGUUGGAGGGUUGACUCAGUUAUCAGUGCUUGAGCUGUGGAGCAAUUCAUUGUCAGGUCCACUGCCAAGAGAUCUCGGCAAGAAUUCACCAUUGCAAUGGUUGGACGUAUCAUCCAAUUCAUUAUCUGGGGAGAUUCCAGCAAGCUUGUGUAAUGGUGGUAAUCUCACCAAGCUCAUUCUCUUCAACAAUUCCUUCUCAGGUCCGAUUCCUGACUCUUUAUCAACAUGCUUCUCUCUUGUUCGUGUACGUAUGCAAAACAAUUUUCUUUCUGGGGCAAUUCCAGUUGGACUUGGCAAAUUAGGGAAGCUUCAGAGGUUAGAGUUGGCAAAUAAUAGCCUCACUGGUCAAAUCCCAAUUGAUCUAGCCUUUUCUUCAUCACUUUCCUUCAUUGAUAUCUCAAGAAACCGACUCCGAUCCUCUCUUCCUUCCACAGUUCUUUCCAUUCAAAAUCUACAAACCUUCAUGGCCUCAAACAAUAACUUAGAAGGUGAGAUCCCUGACCAGUUCCAGGACCGUCCUUCACUUUCUGCGCUUGAUCUCUCUUCAAACCAUUUGUCUGGUUCCAUUCCAGCUAGCAUUGCUUCAUGUGAGAAACUUGUAAAUUUGAAUCUUAAGAACAACCGAUUGACCGGAGAAAUCCCAAAAGCAGUUGCAAUGAUGCCUGCACUGGCCGUUCUUGAUCUAUCAAACAACUCUUUAACUGGUGGAUUACCUGAGAAUUUUGGCUCCUCCCCUGCCUUAGAAAUGCUGAAUGUCUCGUAUAACAAGCUACAAGGUCCUGUUCCUGCAAAUGGCGUGCUAAGAGCCAUCAAUCCAGAUGAUCUCGUCGGGAAUGUGGGUCUCUGUGGCGGUGUCCUGCCUCCAUGUAGCCACAGUUUGCUAAAUGCAUCGGAGCAAAGAAAUGUGCAUACAAAGCGCAUAGUUGCCGGGUGGCUCAUUGGGAUUUCAUCAGUUUUUGUAGUUGGGAUUGCAUUAGUCGGUGCUCGACUUCUCUAUAAAAGGUGGUAUUCAAAUGGAAGCUGCUUCGAAAAAAGUUAUGAAAUGGGCAGUGGAGAGUGGCCAUGGAGAUUGAUGGCUUACCAGAGGCUUGGUUUCACUAGUUCUGACAUUCUAGCUUGCUUAAAGGAAUCAAACGUGAUUGGAAUGGGAGCAACUGGGACUGUUUACAAAGCUGAGGUGCCUAGGUCGAACACGGUUGUUGCGGUAAAGAAGCUAUGGAGAUCAGGAGCAGACAUCGAAACAGGAAGCAGCAGUGAUUUUGUCGGAGAGGUGAACCUCUUGGGGAAGCUAAGGCAUCGAAAUAUUGUUCGGUUAUUAGGCUUUCUUCAUAAUGAUUCCGACAUGAUGAUACUAUAUGAAUAUAUGCACAAUGGCAGCCUCGGAGAAGUCUUGCAUGGCAAACAAGCAGGAAGAUUGCUUGUAGACUGGGUAUCGCGAUAUAAUAUCGCACUUGGAGUUGCACAAGGACUUGCUUAUCUUCACCAUGAUUGCCGCCCACCAGUUAUUCAUCGGGACAUCAAGUCCAAUAACAUACUGCUUGAUACAGAUCUUGAAGCAAGGAUCGCUGAUUUCGGGUUGGCAAGAAUGAUGAUUAGGAAGAACGAGACAGUUUCCAUGGUGGCAGGAUCAUACGGAUACAUUGCCCCUGAAUAUGGAUACACCUUGAAAGUUGAUGAAAAGAUUGACAUUUACAGCUAUGGAGUAGUUUUAUUAGAACUUCUUACAGGAAAGCGGCCCUUAGAUCCUGAGUUUGGGGAAUCUGUCGACAUCGUUGAAUGGAUUCGGAGAAAGAUUAGAGACAACAGAUCAUUAGAAGAAGCAUUAGACCAGAAUGUAGGAAAUUGCAAGCAUGUUCAAGAAGAGAUGCUAUUGGUUCUUAGAAUAGCACUUCUUUGUACUGCCAAGCUCCCCAAGGACAGACCAUCAAUGAGAGAUGUGAUAACAAUGCUUGGAGAGGCAAAACCGAGGAGAAAAAGCAGUAGCAACAGCAGUGGAUAUGAUAGUAACAAAGAUAAGCCAGUCUUUAACACAUCACCUGUAAAUGGCCUUGUAUAGGAACAUUAAUUGAGUUCCCUUGCUGUUAUUUUGUUUCAUCAUUCUUCUUUUGUAUCUAGUCUUUGUUAAUGUCUGUACUCAAAGGUUCAAAUUAUUUGCCCAGAAGUUUAAUGGGUAUAUGAAAUUUGACUCACAACCACUAGAACACAAUCAUUUUUGUGCUGUAAGCCAAGGUUUCAAUUAAUCAAGCAACGAGUAUCAAGAACAA